UUUUAUGUUUUGGCAUUUAGGACUGCAGCUUUCAAGAAAAAAUUGACUUUGAAAUGCGGAUGCGAGAAGGAAUAUGCAAACUGCUUGCUGUGAGCACACAAAAGGAACAACUUUUGCAUGCUGUUAAAAACCUGAUGGUUUGCAAUGCUCGCAUACGUGCCUACAGUACAGAACUACAGAGCCAGGCAGGGGAAUCGACUAGGAACCCAGCCACAGGAAGAUGUUUAAAUUUUGCAGCAAAAGAACGUACAGCCUGUAGAGGCAAGAUUGCCAUAUCAGGUCUCCGAAUCCCACUGAUGUGGAAAGGCUCUGAUCACUUCGGCAGUAAAGACAGAACACAGCGUUACUCAGUUUUUUGUUUGCUCCAAGUAGGAGCUCAGGUUUUUGACACGGAGCUGCUUAUUGUGAAUAAAACAAUCACUGACAUAUGUUUUGAAAGUGAAGCUGUCUUUGAAGAAGUUGUGCCAGACUUCCAGCUCAAGAUUGAAGUCUACAGUUGCUGUUGUACUGACGAAUCUUUUGCCAUCGCAAACACUCCCAAGAAGCUAGUUAACAAGUUGAAAACCUCAAUUGGAAAAGCUACAGGAAAGAAGCUCAGCUCUGCAUUAGAUGAAGGCAACCUUGAUUCCUUGUUGCUCUCUGACACGGUCGUACUUGGUGCAAAAUAUGGCUUGCUGGCAUAUACGUCGUUGGGACUGGAGGAUAUUGAGGACAGUUUCAAGACCCACAGCCUCACUGUUGUGGCCAAUGAGGACUCGUCCUUUUGGCUUCCGUUGUAUGGCAACAUGUGCUGUCGUUUAGUUGGCCAGCCAUUCUGCAUGACUGAUGAUAUGAUGACUGGAUUUCUUAAUCAACAGCAAGUGGUAGGGAAACUGACUACCUGGAGGAAGUUAUACUGCAUACUAAGAGGUGGCAAGCUCAUUUGCUACUAUACACCAGAAGAAAUAGAAGCUAAAGUGGAGCCAGCUUUGACAGUUUCUGUCAACAAGGAAACGAGAAUUCGUGCUGUAGAUAAAGACACUCAGAAAAGAAACAAUAACUUUUCUGUUAUCAACCCUGAGGCUGGUGAGGCUGUGACUCAGAUUUUUGCAGUUGAAAGCCGGGAAGACCUUUAUAAGUGGAUGGAAGCGUUCUGGCAGCACUUCUAUGAUUUCAGUCAGUGGAAACAGUGUUGUGAAGAGUUCAUGAGAAUUGGGAUUAUGUCACCACGGAAACCACCGUUAUUUUUGGCAAAAGAGGCCACUUUGGUUUACCAGGACAUGAGCAUUGAUUCUCCCAUAAAGCACGAGGCGUUAAUUGACACCGUGCAGAGAAACAGAGAGGAAACCAAUAGAGCGUUGGUGGUUAGCCAAGAAGAAACGUAUGCACCUCCUUCCUGGGCUGCCAUGUUUGAUGGUUCUCAUCACAUGUUAGUGCAGAAAAGCACACCUCCAGAAACAAAUGUGUGGGGUGUAAACGUGAAUGAGGGGAAAGGCAAAAAGAGAAGAGCACCCCCUCCGCCCUCCGACAAGCCACCAGAUGCCUUGAAAGCUCAGAUGUCUGAUCGAAGGAGUAAGGAAAACAUUGGGAAUCUUUCUCCUGUCAUGCGUAGGGCCUGUUCUUCCGAUUCCAGCUCAUCUGCUGUGCUUCAUUAUAAGCAACCAUUUGCAACAUCUCCCAAACCAGCUCUUUAUCAGAAAGGUACCUUUACUGAUGAUGAAAACCCUGUUCUCCCAGCUACUAAGGUUAUCUGUGAUGAUAAGCCUAUUCCUGCUCCUAGGAAGAAAUCACUGAAAGAGAAGCUUGAUCCCAGAUCCCAUUUGCAGUCCCUGGUCUAGCUUGAUCCUGCUCAGAAUGAGGAAGAGAAAAUUCAUUAGUUGUGUUUACAAUUGUAUCAUGGACCAAACAAAGUCUUUCAUCUGGAGGUGUUUGAAAUAUUUUUUCAUCAUACAGUCAAAGACUUUAUAAUGGGUAACCACUCCUACUGUCACAAAUUUUGCUCUGCUUGUCAGUAUCAAUGUUGUGAACAGAUUCUUCAACAGAUACUAAUCACUAACUUUAAAACAAAAAACAAAACCCGGUAAUCAUCUCAUAAGUUUAAAUUGUGCUUGUCUCCAAAAUGUCUGCAUGAUCUUUUGUAAGAUAUACAUAAAAUUCUUCUUUGUGUUGGUGGAGGGUCGUCUUGCAAAAAUCUAGAGGACCCGUUGUUUUCUAAUCCAGGGUAUUCGUAUUUUUGUUCUCCUGGAUUGAAUUUACAAAAGCUGUUAUAAAAAGGCAAACGCUCCAGGCCUGCUUGGCUAUGGUCCCUUUAGUUUUUCUAUUCUUGCCACUUUCUUUAGCUCUAACCUUCUCCACUCUUGACUCAAAGGUACGAAGCUAGAGAUUGGAGGACGUUCUGUGAACCAAUCAUUCUCAAAUGGGUUUUGAGAUGGUUGCUGAGGAUUCGGCUAAAAAAUCCCUCUUUCUGUCCCUUCUUUUUUGGUUUUUGUGAUGUUCAUGUCACUUUAUAUUAUGGCUCUAUUCUGUCAAGAACUCCCAAAUUAUGUAGCUGAACCUACCUGGAGAACUAAGCACAUGCAGAGUCUUCAGGUUCUCCAUUUAAAAAUCCUAUGGUUUACUUACCACUUUGAAUUCCAUAUCUGACUUUUAUUCAUGGGGUACCUUGAACUGACUCUGGUUUUGAACCCCAAUUAGAAUAGACCAUUGGACAAUGGGAACUUGUAAGUCAUCUUUUAAUGUCAGUUGUGUUGAUAUAAUGGCUCUGUUCUAGUUGAGAAUAAUAGUUGGGUUAAUUUAUGAUAUUUAUGUUCCUAUUACAACAUUUUCAACAAAA